ACUGAAUGAAACCACAUAGAUUUGAGGGUGGAAGGGUAUCCCACACUAGUGUGGUUUCACGGUGGGGAUUUCGUGCGCGGCAGCCCGAACAACAUCAAUCCAUUUCAACUUGUCCUAAAACAAAAGGUAAUCUUCGUGUCCGUUGCCUACCGGCUUAAUAUAUUUGGAUUCUUUUCAACAUUAGACAACGCAGCACCGGGAAACUACGGAUUACUCGACCAAAUAGCAUCGUUAAACUGGGUCAAGAAUAAUAUAGCUAGUUUUGGAGGAGACCCUGACAAUGUAUGUAUAUUUGGUCAUGAUGCUGGAGCGGUUAGCGUGGGGUUACAUCUGCUCUCCGCAUACUCCGCUGGCUUAUUCCAAAAGGCCAUCGCGAUGAGUGGAAACGUAUUAUCUCCAGAGACAGUCAAUAUUGCAAGAAAAGAAAUAAUAACAGUCGAUAAAGUUGCAAAUGCGUUUAGCUGUUUCAGGACUCCGACUGAUCAACUACUUGAUUGUCUUCGAAGGGUUAACUAUCAAGCUCUUCUCGACAUAGGCGAGCCGCUGGCUGAAUGGAAACCUAUCAUAGACACAGGUUUUAGCAAUGUAUCUGGACCAGUCAUACCAGAUCUUCCAAGCAAAAUGUUCAAGGAUGAUAUUUUUACUCCCGUGCCAGUGUUAACUGGUUAUACUAAUAUGGAAGAUGCGUUACUCUUAGAGAAAGAUGGCAGCGGAGACUCAGGAGUCAGUCAAAGAGAGUUUGAUGUUAUGCGUGAAGAAAUCAUCCUUGCGGACAUCACUGUUGAUAAUAGUUCUUGUUUUACGAACCAACAUCACAUACAAGACGCAGUGGCAUUCUUCUACAAACCAAUCCCACCAACAACAAACGAAACGGUAUUAAGGAAGCUGUUCCUCGAUUUCUACACUGAUAAAGUCCACGGAGCCACUACGUACCAGUUAGCAAAGCAUAUCAGUAAACACGCUCCUGUAUAUCUCUACCGGUUCGAUUUAAAACCUUUUUCUGACAUCGCCAAUGAGGGAAUUCCAGACUGGAUAGGGGUACCUCACAACUUCGAUUUAAUUUUUACAUUUGGCUUGCCGUACUCAGCUUUGCCAGAGGACUUUAGUAAAUGGGAUUAUAGAGAUAAAAGCAUCUCAGAAAUAGUGAUGAAAAUGUGGUCGAAUUUCGCUUGGUAUUCGAAUCCCACAAAUUCCGGUGUAAUUAUUGAAUGGGACGCGUUUGAAACGGAAAGGCCCGGGUAUUUGAUAAUCAAUAGGCAGAAUUUCACUAUGAGCACGCCAGAAACGGUGAAUUACAAGGCAUUUGAAUUCUGGACAGACUUUUACCCAAAAGUUGUUGAGAUAGGAACGAAAUGUUGCAAAGAAACAGCCGAAGACAACGGUUCGGAACAAAUGCUGCCCACACGAAUGUUACAUAGCUUACUCUAUUUAUAUUUGAUUUUAGUUUUACUAUCAUAACUUUAGCAUUGAAAAAGAACUUGUUAUUUUUAUAUAGUCUAUUCAAAGAAUUAUUUACUGAUGUGAUGUUGAUAUUACCGCUGACGUCCAAAGAUAUAUUUAUUUAUAAUUCUGGCAAUAAAUGAAAUAAAGUAA